AUGUCGGUGCGCCUGGUGAUUGCGCUGCUUUUUGCGGCUGCUGCUACUGCCGAGGACUGCGAAGAUGGGUGGACGGUUUCUAAAGUGGCGGGCAGUUGCUACAAGAUGAUCAACGGGCAAAGCUUUUGGGACGCGGAGGCGGAAUGUGCGCUGGACGGUGCGCAUUUGACGUCGAUCCUCACCGAUGAGGAGAACCAGUUUAUCGAUGAUAUGGUCAACACGAAGAUCCCAGGCAAAGAGAUUUGGGUCGGCGGAUAUUUGAUGACGAAGGCCAAGACGCAGUUUCACUGGAUGGACGAGACGCCGAUUGACAUGAACAGUGUCAUUUGGAAAAAGGCCGGUCAGCCCGACAUUACUAAAUGGGAACAUUGCAUCCGCAAAAACAGCAAUGGCAGCCUCGAACAGGGAUUUUGUGACGCAUUGUACAAGGGUAUCUGCAAGCGUCCUAUCGGCCAGGUGGCGCCAAAAUUGGAGACACCGCUGUGCGACGAAGGGUGGGAGGGAUCGAAGUGGAGCGGAAGUUGCUAUAAGUUGACCCCCGCGUCAAAGAGUGGCGCCGCUAAUGAGUACUGCCUUGGAUUAAACGCUACACUCGCGUCCGCUAAUUCAUUCCUGGAGAAAGAGUUUAUUCUAGAAAAAGCCAAGGCGGUUGAGAAGGAUACAGACACAUGGCUGGGUGCGAAGCGGGGCGCCGACGGUGUCUUUACCUGGAACGACGGAUCGAAAUGGGAGACGGGCUAUUGGAAUUCGGAUCUACCUGAGAAACCGGACAACACAAAGAACUGUCUGCUGCGACCGAUCGGACAUGCGCCGGUCCCACUGGUGAAACCGGUCUGCGAUGAGGGGUGGAAGGGCUCAAAGUUUACCGGAAGUUGCUAUAAAUUGACCGGCAAAAUCACGAAGAGUGGCGAUGCACAGGAAGAGUGCUUCGCUGCUGAUGCUCAGCCAGCUUCGGUGCUGUCGUUCCUUGAGAAGGAGUUUAUUCUGGACCUGGCCAAGCAAGCCAAUACCACGGCUGUGUGGCUGGGAGCCAGACGGCUGUUCGGCAAGGUGGACAACGAUGCGACGAUCCUGCACCGUUGGGCCGAGCACGAUUGCGGCGGCACCGCGAUGGGCGUUUGCAAGAAGGAAUGUGAAGAGGGGUGGUUACUGAAGAGGGGUUCAAAGAGCUGCUACAAGAUCAUGGACGGGACAACCUUCUGGGACUCGGAGUUCAAGUGUGCCCAACUGGGCGGUCAUUUGACUUCUGUAUUGAGUGAUGAGGAGAAUCAGGCAUUGCUUGACCUGAUCACGAACGAGAACGAGGGUAUGAUGGUGUGGGUCGGAGCCCUGGCGUACUCUCGCAAGGCCGGGCCCCGGGUGAACCACUGGAUGGACGGGAGUGAGGCCAAGUUCGGGAACUGGGACCCGGCGCCCGACUACCAGAGUGAAAAGUAUUGCGGAACCAUGUUGCCAAGCGGAAAGCUGCAAAUGAGCGUCUGCCACGAGCUAAAGAAGGGCCUUUGCAAGCGCGCAAUUGGCCAGGAGGCGCCCACUUUCACCAAGCCCGCGUGUGAAGUCGGCUGGUCGGGCUGCCCGCUGACUGGAUUCUGCUAUAAGGUAGCCAUGGGGCCGUGGACCUGGUCCGACGGCACCCCGUGGGACGUCGAGUUCUGGAACCCGACGACCUCCUGGAAUCAGACGACCAAUUGCGUUGGGAGCUAUACCGAGUCCACGGACGCGGCGAAACCCGACGAUAGAGAAGUCCACCGCUGGCAUGCGCUGGACUGUGAUGCGAAGGACCUGGUUGGAGUUUGCAAAAAGCCAGUCGACAACAUGGUGGUCGAGAUACACCUCCUACUGCUGCUCAUGCUCACUAUUUCGCAAGCUGAGGGCUGCAAGGUGGGCAGCCUGAUCGAGCAGGGCGGAAAGUAUUGCUAUCAGCCCGUCUUGAAACCUGGCGGCAGCAUGACGUAUGCCGAGGUGACGGACAAGUGCGCGCAACUUGGCGGCAAGCUCGGAUCCGUACAUUCGGCUGCCCAGAAUCAAAAGAUUAUAGAAUUAGCGCGCGGAGCCCUGGCCCACCCAGACAACGGUGGCAGUUGCAAGAUGCUGCUCGGCGCAUCGAGCAAAAAAGGUGGCGAUUUCCGCUGGAUGGACGGGAGCCCGAUGGACUACACGAAUUGGGACGUCGGCGAGCCGGACGGGAAGGCAGGAGACCCUGUUGAUUGGGGCGAUGAGUUUUGCAUUCAGAUGUACGUGAAACUCUGGAACGGCUAUGAGGGUCAGGGCGGAAAGGACUACGUCGGAAAAUGGCUGGACCUCGGAUGCCAAUUCCCGGUUUACUGCAUGGGGCUGUGCCAGAUUCCGAAUGAAGCAAAUGGA